ACGGGAUGCCGUGACGAAUACUUGUCAUUUGUGUUUUAGUUGUAAUACUAACGCGAGUUCCGUGAUAGUGUUUGGUGUUUCAUUUAAUCUGUAAGUAAAUUUAUUUGUGUUUAAAAAUGUGUAUACGAUAUUGUAAAACUAUGUCAUAGUGUCGUGUUAAGUGAAAAGUUAUCAAAAUGACGUUGUGGUUUAGCAGUGCGUCCGCUGUGACGGUUCGCACAGUACUGACUAUUUUCAUGUGUGCAACGUCUUAUCAAGUGUCAGCGCAGGGGAGAGACGAUCCACAUAAAUUCACGAUAGAGGAACUACUUUCGACGCAGUUCGAACACAAAGACUCUGAUGAUCUCGGGAUGGAUCCUUGUAAAGCUGAAAACUUCCAAGGUGACAUUGCUAUUCCAGAUGUCGAUUACUUUAAGCCACCAAACACUGCCCCAACCACAUCUAAAAUAAAUAAAUCACUUCAAGAAGAGGUCGAGAGACUUAAAAAGGAGGUGCUUCUAGAAGGACUUCAAGUGGAAGAGGAAGGCCUGCCUGAUAUAUUAAGAAAACGAACUAAGCAACCACUACCACUUUCACAAGAAAAACCAAAGAAAUAUAAUGAGGUUUCUGUUUUAUCUAAGGUGAUUCCCCCAGGCCUUGAUAGAUCUCUCUUAAUGAAAAAUGGUAAAAUCCCUCCUGGCGAAGAUUUAGAUGAUCACAAUCUCAACAAUCAAAGUAGACUUAGUAAUUUAAACCAAAGUAAUAUCGUAGACAAUUUAACGGAGUCUGAGAGCUUAGAACAAGAUGGCGUCUUAGUUGUUAAUAUUUCAACGGAUAAUAUAUUAAACCUCGAUGAACUUUAUCCCAAUAUUCAGAUGUCAAACUACUCAAACAAAAUGGAUGAAAUAACAAACAAAAUACAGAGCAAUAGUCGCGAAAUAACUGGUGAUUAUAAUAAUAAUUUAAAAUUCAAAGAUCUUCCUGAAAAUAUGACAGUCGCUCCAGCUCCGACGAAUGGAGUUUUGCCAACGAAUGAAUUAAACGAAGAUAAUGAAGAUUUACAAAAAUUUCUAAUAAAUAAAACAAGUCAAGAACUAUAUGACAAAAUAUAUGAGGCUAACGACCUUCUUAAGCCAACUGAAAGCUUACAGAGUUUAAUAGGAAAUACAUAUAAUCAUAGACGACGGCGAAGAAGAAGACACGGUAAUGGAAGACGGUUAAGGAAUAUUCAAUCUGGUGAAAGGACGAAUAACAAUGCCUUUAUGUAUUCCGAUGAAGUCAGGAGUAAUGAAAUAUCAAAAGAAAAAAAACUUAUUCGACAUCGAAAGAAAUUAAGCGCCAAAGCACAUGGAGAAUAUAAAAAGUUUGAAAUACCUGAACAUGAGUUUGAGGAAAGAUUUGAAGUCAAACCGCCCCCUAAGAAAACAUUCAAUAACACUCAAAGCAAGGAAAAUCAACAUUUUCAAGAUUGGUUUUUUCGGAACAGCGACGAUGAUUUAGAAGCUAGUGAAAGCAGAUAUAAUUAUACUGAGAUAAAAACAAGACAUCGUACCACCAGAGCGGCUACAAAUCGAAAAGAACGAAUCUGGGAGAACGGUGUGAUACCAUACGAAAUCGAUGGUAACUUCAGCGGUGCACAUAAGUCCCUGUUCAAACAAGCGAUGAGGCAUUGGGAAAACUUUACAUGUGUCAAGUUUGUGGAACGAGAUUCAGCUCUUCACAAGGAUUACAUUGUUUUCACUGAAAGACCUUGCGGAUGCUGUUCCUUCGUCGGAAAGCGAGGUGGAGGCGCCCAAGCUAUAUCGAUUGGAAAGAACUGCGACAAAUUCGGCAUAGUGGUCCACGAACUUGGUCAUGUGGUCGGGUUCUGGCACGAACACACACGACCGGAUCGGGACCGACACGUGCAGAUUAUAAGAGAUAAUAUUAUGACUGGACAAGAAUACAAUUUUAACAAGCUAACCGAGGAAGAAGUGAAUUCUCUUGGACAGACGUAUGAUUACGAUUCCAUUAUGCACUACGCUCGUAAUACGUUCAGCAAGGGAACGUAUUUAGAUACCAUUCUACCGCUUGAAGUGCAUGGAAAGAAGAGACCGGAGAUUGGACAGAGAGUUAGACUAAGUGCCAGCGACAUCGCACAAACAAAUUUACUUUAUAAAUGCGCAAAAUGCGGUAAAACAUUCCUGGGUAAUUCCGGAUGGUUUAAUUCUCCUGGUUGGGGCACGGACACGCCUGCGACACCAGACCGAUGCGAGUGGCGAAUCGUGGCUACGCACGGUGAACGUGUCGUGCUUAAUAUCACUGAGAUCGAUAUUCACAAAUCCGAUGGUUGUCGCUCAGAAUGGGUCGAAGUUAUUGACGGUUACAUGCCCGAUGCUCCUGUGCUGGGCCGCAUCUGUGGCUCCGGGAAGGGGCCCAUGAUACGAUCUACGGGCUCUCGACUAACCGUCGUGUAUCAGCCAGGUCCCAGACCAAAACCAAUGAAAGGAUUCCGAGCGCACUAUGAAGCUGUGUGUGGUGGAGACAUAGAAGUCGAUAGCAGCGGUCAUUUAGAGUCUCCUAACUAUCCAGAUGAUUACCAACCCAAUAAACUCUGUAUUUGGAAACUGUCUGUGCCGCAGGAUUAUCAGGUUGCUCUAAGGUUCCACUCAUUCGAAGUCGAAAACCACGACACAUGCAAUUACGACAAAGUUAAAAUAAGGGAUGGAGACUCUAUGGACAGUCCAUUAAUAGGCAUGUUUUGUGGACACAAAAUUCCUCCGGAUAUCAGAUCUAACUCCAAUAAACUUCUCGUUAUCUUCGAGUCAGAUAGCUCAGUGCAGAAGGCUGGUUUUUCUGCAACCUUUAUGAAAGAGUUUGAUGAAUGCGCUUCUAUUGAUCAUGGCUGCAGCCACUCUUGUGUUAACACUCUCGGCGGGUAUGAGUGUGCUUGCGAUAUCGGUUACGAAUUGCAUUCUGAUGGAAAGAAAUGUGAGAAUGCCUGUGGUGGUGUUCUUUACGGUCCAAAUGGUACAAUAACAUCACCAUCUUUUCCUGACCUUUACCCACCAUCCAAGAACUGUCUCUGGGAGAUCGUCGCCCAGCCACAACAUCGUAUCACUCUUAACUUCACACAUUUCGACUUGGAAGGCAGCAACAAUAUGUAUCACCAGGAGUGUGAAUACGACAGUGUCACGGUACAUUCGAGACUAGGGGAUGACGUAUUGAGACGGCAUGGGGCAUUUUGUGGUUCAGUUCUGCCACCACCGGUCACGUCUGAUGGAUCCGUGCUAAGAGUUCAGUUUACUUCGGACACCUCAGUCCAUCAUUCAGGAUUCGCUGCCACGUAUUACAUUGACGUUGAUGAAUGCGCAGACAAUAAUGGCGGAUGUCAACACGAGUGUCACAACACACUAGGUGGCUACGAGUGUGCAUGUCAUAGCGGGUUCACACUCCAUCCGAACAAACAUGACUGCAAGGAAGGCGGCUGCAAACAUGAUAUCACACAUCCACACGGCACUAUUUUUAGUCCAAACUAUCCGGACACAUAUCCUUCAAGAAAAGAUUGCGUGUGGCAGUUCUCUACAACUCCUGGACAUCGAAUCAAGUUGAUAUUUAACGUCUUCGAAUUAGAGCCACACCAGGAAUGCACAUACGAUCACGUAACGAUCUAUGACGGAGCAUCCGCUGAUGAGAAGACAUUGGGACGAUUCUGUGGAAGUAAGCUACCACACCCAGUAGUUGCUUCCUACAACCAAAUGUACGUUGUGUUCAAAUCAGACGCUUCAGUGCAGAGGAAAGGAUUUUUGGCAACGUAUUCAACCGCAUGUGGAGGUUACCUGGCGGCAUCAGAAACUGUUAAGCAUUUAUAUUCUCACGCGCGCUACGGGCAUGAUUCGUAUGAAUCUCGUUCAAGAUGUGAUUGGAGUAUUGUUGCGCCAGUGGGCCAGUUCGUCAGACUGACAUUCUUAACUUUCGACUUGGAACCCGAAGACAACUGUGGCUACGAUUACGUGCAAGUUUUCGGUGGCUUGGAAGGCAGUGCUGGAAACUAUGGCAGUUUCUGUGGUACAAAGAUGCCGCCGGAGAUAGUUUCCACGACAGAUGCCUUAUUAGUGAAAUUCCGAACAGACGAUUCAAUAGUGUUCAAGGGCUUUUCAGCCUCCUACCAAGCAGUGAAACCAGAAUUAUGGAGUGGUGAAGACAGUUCCGAAGGCGGUGAAGAUAUAGAGGAGGAGGAAGAUGAACAAAUGCCUCCAUUAGUUGUAGGUAGGAGGGGUUUACGAGCUCCUUUACCAAGAUUCGUCCGUCGGCCAACGUGACGGUGGCCAUUACGACACACCCGACACAGACGACUGCAUCGUAAUGCUCAUAACCGGUUCAAACUGGAAAACAAUCCCUUUUAGAACCUUUUCAGUUGAAUACUAGCAGCCAGUUUAUUUCGUAACUGUAAACAUUUCAGUUAUUUUGUUUUGUUUUUUUUAACUGGUUAACCUAUAGCUAGAAAAACUACCAAGUAAAAAUAACGCUUCUUUUUCUUUUUUACAUGCAUUUAUGUAAAUUGACUGCCUUAGACAGAUAUUCAUAUGUGUACCCACCUUUAUACUUGCCAUAUAUUUCUGUAUUGCCAUUACAUUAAACCAUUUGAUAUUUUGCCACUUGAAAAUCUGUUUAAUGUAAUCAAAAUAAUUUUAUAUUUUAAUAGUAGCAUUUGAAAAUGAGAUUGAAGUUCCACUAGCGACUGUAAUUAAUGUUUGAGUUUAUUUGAUAUGACUGAGUGUAAGUGUAAAUAAAUUAUUUGUAGGGUUAUGUAGGUAUUAUACUUAAUAGCAGUUACCAAUUAUACUCAUUAGUGAUUCCUAUUUUUAUUUGACAAUUCGCUUUAUCAGCUCUAUAAUCCAUAGUUAACAAACCAAAGACAUAAACUAUUUCAGUUCGUUGAUAUUAUGCUACAGUUCCAUAUAUACAUAAUAUAUCUUACAACUAUUACUAAUAAGUUCAAAAAUAAUGAAAAUAAUGUACUUACAAGAUUUUAUGAUUCAUUCUACAUUUAGAAAUAUUUUAUUUCAAUUAAAAAAAAGCACAAUUUAGGAUGAAACUUAUAUGACAAUACAUUUUAGAAUUAAGAUUAUAUUUAAUAUAUUUGUAGAUGGAAAUGUUGUUACAAGUCAUAUCAAAAUAAUGAUAUUAGCAUUUAAAUUGGACUACGUACUAUAUAUUAGAGUUUGGAUGUAUUCAAAUCGAACUUAAAACGCCAUAAACAAAGAAUUAAUAAGUACACUUUAAACCAAAGACGUAAUGAUAAGCAGCAUUGCAUAACGGUAAAAAUGCGAAAAAUUAUAUAAAACAAUGUAGGUAGGUAUAAAUUUAUUCAUUCACAAAAAAGUGGAGUAAAAAAUAAACUUAACAAAUAUAAUAUAAUUUGUAUUUUUUUGCUGUCUUUACUCUGAGUUGUCUCACGCACACUAAGACAUCUUGUAAGCAGAGCGUUACGCCAACUCAUAUUAAUGCUCGCCAAUAUUAAUUUAACGUUCGCUUCCUUGAGUGAAUAGAUUUAUAUUUAAAUUAGCUAAUAGUAUUGAAGAUUAACUACCACGUGGCAACAAAAAGUGGGAGCAGGACGCCGUUGAUCGAACGCCAUAGUGCCGCUUCACACUUGUUGACUAUAAAGAAGGAAACAGGGGAAAACAUUUAAAAAGAAUGAAAAAUAAAAAUAAAGUUUUUCAAUAGUCAAAAUUUAAUGUGUAAAAUUAGUGCGUAUGUCCCCAAAAAACGACAAUCAGCACACUGUUUUUCUACCGACGUUGUUACCCUACUGACGUUGUUACUUCAGGCAGCGAGUCUUUAAUGCUGAUAUCUAAAUCAUACUUGUUAAGCCGCGCUGGUAGUCUAUGGAUACGCACCAUCGUCUUGGCUUACAGCGCGAUAGCGAGUUACUAUGAUACAUACCUACUAAUAACAGUUUUUAUGAUUAUUAUUAUUAUCGUAAUAUGGCGAUGAUGAAAGGAAACUUAAAUGAUGUGUGCCAAAAUGAUACUUAUUGAUAAACUAGCGUAAAAUAAGUUAGUGUUUUGUAACUUAACGCGGAAAUAUUUAUAAUAUUAUGUAGCAAAACUAUAUUAUUUUUAUUAAAA